AUGGAUCAACAGGGACAGUCCGGGGUCCCCGGCCCCGCGGGGCGCAAGCUCCAUAUUGCCCACAGAAGAAGCCCGUCGGAAUUAACUCCCCUUAUGAUGGAACAGCUGGCAAUCCAGCAACAGAUCGAGCUUCUUCAGCAGCAGCAACAGCAAAUCGCAGCAACACAUCAGCAGUACGUUAACAUGGGAUUGUUACAACCACAGCAGCUAGGUCAGGUUUCGGCAUUCUCGCCCUCUAUCCAGGGCGGUGCUUCCAUGGGGGGCGUUUCCCCUCAGUUGAAUGCGUUUCAAUUUCCACAGCUCGCCCAACAGCAGCUCGGUGUGCCUAUGAACACCUCGACUCAACACUCGCACCGUCGCAAUCAGUCCGCCCUCCCAGGCCUCGGUAUGGGUCCCCCUCCGGCCCCGUCCUCGGGUGCUUCAGGUUAUUCCGACUAUGGCCAGCAGCAACAGGGUCACCAGCCAAAGAAUGAUAAUGGAGGUCAUGGGCGUGGACGCGGGGGUCCCCCUGGCGGUGGCCACCAGCGACGUCACUCGCUUGCACUUCCCGAAGCCAAAAAGGCCGCGGAACUCGCUCAGCAGAAGAGGACCGCCUCCGGCUUCCAGUUUCCCGCACCCAGUACCCCUGGUGGUGACUCUGACAAUACUCCUGGCUCUGACGACAAAACAACCCCCAUCUCGAUGCAGGCUCCCCAAGGGUUGGGCCUUCACCGAGCAGGUAACAUCAGGGCUGGCGGUCAUGGUCGGAGUCAAUCAAUGGCUGUGGGCGGAAACCGCGGCUCUCUGUCUGGUCGUGGUGCUGGCGGCUUCCAGUUUCCUCAGGCUAGCGACGGCGAGAAUCAACGUCGUGGCAGCCAGACGGGUCAUGCGCGGUCUUCCUCCAGAAACUUUGAUGGCAAUUGGCGCCAACCCAACAAUCAGACUCAGAACCAGGACCAGCCGAAGAGUUUUGGUCAGCAGAGCGGUGGUUUCCAGCCUGGCCACCGUACUCGUGCUUCGAUGAACCAGUCCAUUGGCUCCAUUGGAUCUUUCCAGUACCCAGGACAGCCCCAGCUCAUUCAACUACCCCAAGGUCAGGUCGUCGUGGCCCCGCCACAGAUGUUUGGCGGUAACCAGCAGCUCAAUCCUCUACAGCUUGCACAGCUUCAAGCCCUGCAGCAGAAUGGGCAGCUGAACGGCCAGGGACUCGGUCUUCAGGCUAGCCAACAUGCCCCGCCGCAGUUGUCUGCCCAGCAGCAGCAACAGCAGCAGCAGCAGCGCAAGACCCUUUUCACUCCUUACUUGCCUCAGGCAAACUUGCCUGCGCUGCUGAGCAAUGGUCAGUUGGUUGCCGGUAUCCUUCGUGUGAACAAAAAGAACCGAUCCGACGCAUACGUAACGACUCCAGACUUGGACGCAGAUAUUUUUAUUUGCGGUAGCAAAGAUCGUAACCGUGCCCUUGAGGGUGAUUACGUUGCUGUUGAACUUCUGGAUGUAGACGAAGUGUGGUCGCAGAAGAAAGAGAAGGAGGAGAAGAAGAAGCGCAAGGAUAUCACGGAAGCUCGUGCCGGCAGCAGCGCCGGGACUGACAAGCUGUCUCGUUCGGACUCCGGCCCCAACGGGGACCGCCAGGAGGUUGGACCUGAUGGUAGCAUCCGUCGCCGUGGCAGUCUCCGUCAGCGACCAACCCAGAAGAAGAACGAUGAUGUCGAAGUUGAAGGUCAAAGCCUUCUCUUGGUUGAAGAAGAUGAAAUCAGCGAUGAGCAAAAGCCACUAUAUGCGGGCCACAUUGUGGCUGUUAUCGAGCGCAUUGCGGGGCAAAUGUUCUCGGGAACCCUUGGUCUCCUCCGUCCCAGUAGCCAGGCGACGAAGGAGAAGCAGGAGGCCGAGAGGCUGGCCAGAGAUGGUGGCCACGGCCGUCAGCAACAGGACCGCCAGCAGGAGAAGCCUAAGAUUGUCUGGUUCAAGCCUACUGACAAGCGUGUUCCUUUGAUUGCGAUCCCAACCGAACAAGCUCCUCGAGAUUUCGUUGAGAAGCACCAAGAUUACGCCAACCGCAUCUUUGUUGCCUGCAUCAAGCGGUGGCCCAUUACUUCCCUUCACCCCUUCGGUACCCUUGUCGAGCAACUUGGAGAGAUGGGCGACUUGAAGGUGGAAACUGAGGCUCUUCUCAGGGAUAACAACUUCGGCUCCGAUGAGUUCUCUGAUGCCGUGCUCAAGAGCAUUGGCUGGGAGGACUGGUCCGUUUCCAAUGAAAACGAGGCGCUUUUGGCCUCUCGUCAGGACUUCCGUCAGGAGACCACUUUCACCGUCACCCCUAGUGGCACCAAGGAACUCGACAAUGCAUUCCAUAUCAAACCUCUCGCCGACGGAAAAGUGGAGAUUGGUAUCCACGUUACCGACAUUGCCCACUUUGUCAAGGGUAACUCGUUGGUUGACCGCGAGGCUAAGAAGCGGGGCACUGCUGUUUAUCUCGUGGAUCGCCUGGUGAACAUGCUCCCCACACGUGUCUCCACUGAGCUUUGCGCCCUGCUGCCCGGGGAAGACCGUUUCACGGUCAGUGUUGUGUUCAAGGCCAACCCCGAAACAGGCGCCAUUGACGACGAUGUCUGGAUCGGCAAGGCUAUGAUCAAGAGCUCUGCUAGGCUCAGCUACGAAGAGGUUGAUGCCGCAAUCCAGGGAACUUCGACCCUCGCUGCUCCUGGAAUCACUGCCGACACCGUCAGGGCGUUGUAUGCUGUUACCUCGAAGUUCAAGGAAGCCAGGCUCGGCAACCGGGUCUCCAACAUCCCCCCUCUUCGCCUGCUGUAUCAACUGGAUGACGAGAAUGUGCCCGUUGAGUACAAUAUCUUCAACUCGUCUCCGGUCCGGGAACUUGUGGAGGAACUGAGCUACAAGGCCAACUUCCUGGUGGCUCGUACGCUGGUCACUGCCCUGCCUGAGAAAGCCUUCCUGCGUCGCCAGAUGUCGCCAAACGCUCGCCGCCUUCACCUCUUCGUUGAACGUAUGAACAAGCUUGGCUAUGGUCUGGAUCUGACCAGUAGUGGAACCUUGCAGAGCAGUCUCUGCCAAGUUCAGGAUGACGAUUUGCGGAAGGGCAUGGAAACGGUUCUUCACAAAGCCAUGCAACGUGCCAAGUACUAUCUCGCUGGCAGUGUACAGGAUGAUCAGCGUCAGCACUACACCCUGAACUUGCCUGUUUACACUCAUUUCACGAACCCCUCUCGGCGAUAUGCAGAUAUUGUCGUCCAUCGCCAGCUGGAAGCUGUUCUGUCGAAUGGUGCGGUUGAGUUCUCGGAUGACUUGGAGUCGUUGACCAAGACCGCCGAUCUCUGUAACAACAAGAAGGAUUCUGCCCACAAUGCCCAGGAGCAGAGUGUUCACAUCGAAGCUUGCAGGAACAUGGACAAGGAGCGACAGGAACUCGGUGGUGAUCUCAUCAGCGAGGGCAUUGUCAUCUGUGUUUAUGAGUCCGCCUUUGACGUUUUGAUCCCAGAAUACGGCUUCGAGAAACGUGUCCACUGCGAUCAGUUGCCCUUGAAGAAGGCUGAAUACCGCAAGGACUCGCGUGUGUUGGAGCUUUACUGGGAGAAGGGUGUGCCAUCCUCCGCUUAUAUCCCUGAGGAUGAACGGCCCAAGCCUGGGAACUCCCGUGCAGCUCAAGCUGCUGCGGCUGCACGCGAAGCAGAAGCUGCCAGAGAACGUGCCCGGGAGCGCGAAGAAGCCAUGCGGAGACAGACAGAAACCAGCACCAUGUCCGCUGACGAUGCCAAUGCUCUGUUUGAUGACGAUGAUGACGAUGUUUCCGAAGUUACUGAGAUGGCUGCGGGCGUAUCAUUGAACUCGUCUGCUGAUCGCUCAACCCAGAGCAUGCCACCUUCACCCACUCGCAACGGCCAUCUUCAGCAGGCUCCUCACCGGACGCGGUCUGACCCGAAGAUCGCAACGCUCAGCGGGGAUGCUCCCGAAGCCAAAUUGACAAACAAGGAGAAGUACCUCCGGUUGUUCAAGCUCCGGGAAGAGGAUGGAGAAUACAUCCAGGACGUCACCGAAAUGACCCGUGUCCCUAUUAUCUUGAAGACUGACUUGAGCAAGAGCCCUCCGUAA